AUGGCAGCUGCGAUCACGCCAGUAGAUUUUAUUAGUGAGACCGUAAUUUUACCGAACCAUCCUGCGUUUGAACAAACGCCACUGCCGUGGAGUCAUCUGUUUGAGAUUGCACGACUAUAUCAAGUAUUUAGUGAAGAAAAGCGGGCCGGGAUCGAUCUGGCGAGAUGGGUAUCGGUGGCAGCGAAGACGAACAACCCGGCGGACCUGCAAGACCUGUUGCUGUCGAAGCAUGGCAAGGCCAACCAGCUGGCGAGGAUCGGCGGCGCGUUCAAGGAGCUCUUCAGGCGCACCGAGGAGGAGGAAGCCUCGCUGCCCGCCCUCCAGAAACUGGUCGGCGGCUGGCUCAGCUUGGACUUCAAGAAGGGCAACAUCAUCGUCCCCAGGCUCAACCCUCCCGACCUCCCGAGAGCCAACCAGCUCAACCGGACCUACGGCGCCGAUCGGUUCAUCCAUCUCCGACUCACCGACCAACUCUGCUCCCGGCUCCGUCCUCGCGCGCCCAAGAAGACGUCGAUCCAGAAGAACUUCAUCGAUUUCAUCCAUGCGCCGCUGAGGAUCGGUAACAGGCUCUUCUACUUCUUCCUGCGAAAGGAGAGCUGUCUCUGGAUGGUUGCAUCGAAAGAGCCAGGUUGGGAAUCAACCAAGAGCUUCAUCAACGAGAUCUUGGAUCUAGGGAUAAAUAAGGACAUGACGGUGGCCAAAUGGGCGGCGCGUACUUCCCUACUCUUAUCAGCUACCCAGGCGUCAAUCAACAUUGAUGCAGAAAACAUAAGAAGGGUCCCAGACCUGUAUUCUGAUAGCUUGAUUAUCUCGGAGGAAUUUCUCAGCUCAGUUGCAAAUGGACUUCGUUUAGACUACGUGCCAACUUGUAUUGAAGGACAGGUUCGGAACAAAACUCUUGUCUGGAGAUUGGGAGUUCCAGAUGAGGCAAAGAAGAACUGUGUGAUCCAACUUUGGGAGGACCAGAUUGGAAAAGCGACCACGCAUCUUUUCAUAAAGUUCAGAGCGCGUUCGUACGACUACGUUGAGAAGACCUUUGUUCCGGUGGAGGAAUCCGUCUCCCUUUUGAUUGAGAACUGUGUCAACAUGGGCACUCGUCCGCCCGGCAAGCCCGAAAUUAUGACCGAUGGCGCUGGGAUCAUCAGUCGGGCCGCCGCUUCUCUAGUUUGUGAAUUCUUUGGAAGGAAGUACGAUACUUUACCAUCGGCUUAUCAAGCUCGAAUAGGUUUUGCUAAAGGUCUCUGGAUCCUUCCGCCUGUUUUCCGUCUACUUGACAGCGACAUUCCCUGGGUUGAAAUUCGCGACAGUCAAUGGAAAGCUGAGACGGUAGCCGGAUACCCGUUCCAUUUCAACCUCUGCCGAAUCAGCCGUCCAGUCUCUUCCAGCACGUUAGGAAAGCAAUUGCUUCCAAUUCUUUCGGCGCGUGGAGUAAGAACAGAGACCAUCUGUUCGGCGUUGGAGGAACACGUUCAGUCAGCGAUCAACGACCUCAACUCGAGUGAUCCUCUUCGUCUCACUGAGUUUCUGACUCGCAGUGGAGCGCUCAAAUCAGGGAGAAGGAUAAUCCUUAACCGUCUGGCCGGGGUUGAACACGAUCCUGCGGCCUACAGAACAUACGGAAAGGGGACCGCCGAGUCUCAUCCGGCUGAAUAUGUGGAAAGUUGGGCGUUUACUACCGACUACCUGCACAACAUGUCUCUUGUUCCAUUUCAAACUGAGGAAGCUAUUGUUAGCAUGCUUGCCGCUGGUUUCGAGCCGAAGAAUCGCUUCAUUGUUACUAGAUUGAGGAAAAUUAAGGAAGAAAAAAUCAGCAUUGCUACCAAGUUCAAAGUUCCAAUUCCACAAAGUACUUAUAUUUAUGCUGUGCCAGAUCCGACUGGGACGUUGAAAGAGGAUGAGGCGUUUCUCCAAUUCUCAUCUUUUGAAGAUCAAACAACUGGCAUCAAAAUAUCAACCUUGAUUUGCCCAGCUAUAGUUUCACGCUCCCCAUGUGUAGGGUCAAUCGAUGCACGCAAAAUCAAUCUUGUGGACAACAAUAUAUUACGGGAUACAUACUUUGACGUGCUUGUUUGUUCGAUUCAAGGGAAAGCAUCACUCUUGAGUUUGUUGUCUGGUGGCGACUAUGAUGGCGAUCAGGUUACGGUGGUCUGGGAUUCUGCAAUAGUGCAGCAAUUCAAUAACAUCAACUUAGAAAAAAACCCAAGAGUCAAUAUAGAUGAUCUAUUCGAACCCGUCCAACUUGGAACGAUUAAGGAAUGUCUUCUUGAUUCCUACCAAAACGAUUCAAAAGAGUUUGUCAAGACUGCGCAGAUAAUCCAGGCCGCCGGUUUGUUUACUCCAAAUGAUGCUGGCGCCUACUCUAUCAAGCAUACGAUGACGGAAUACGUUCUGGGCCUUGACCACCCGUUAACUCAAAAGAUGGGCGAAGUUUAUGUGAAGUGUCUUGAUGCGCCCAAGGCAGGCACCCAGCUCAAAGCUAAGUCGGAUGUUCUCCUCAAGAAAGAAUACGACAACGCUUUGUCCAAAGUUCAGUUUCCCAAUGGAACCAAGAUCAUACACUUUCCGGUGAAGCGUUAUCCAAUUCCCAAAUACCUUUCUGGCGACCCCAAGUUUUCUUUCAAUGGUGCGGCAAGAUCUAUCCGGUUUGAACUUGGUGGCAAGCCACACGUACUUGACAAGAUAUUAGCAGUAGGAUUGAAACUGUUGAAAAACUACAAAGACGAGUUGGAUCAGAAAGAUAUUUCGACCCACAAGCAACGGUUCCUCGACCAAGACAAAGAUUUGUCCGAAUACUUUCUUGAGCAUAAGCGUAUGUUUGAGUUCAACAAGACAGAUGAGGGCUCACGUGAAGUUUGGAUUGGUGUUCUUCUACCCUUGCAAAGAGAAAUCAGCGCUAUUGCAAAGCAAUGGGCAAAAGUGGUGGUUGAAGGCACAAACUCAAACGUGCGGGACAGGAUUUGGGAAUCUGAGUACGGGCCUGGAACUGGUGCCUCCGGUAAAGGUUGCAAAAUCGCAUUCAGCGUACAAAAGAGAUAUGAUGAAUUUAGUUACAGUAAAGCGUUUGAGUAUCUACCAGCAACCGAAGAACUUGAGCGGAACAACACUGAUGUGGAAAAAGUAAAGAUGUAUGCUGGGCUUUUUCUGCGGGGAUUGGGCCCCAAUGGUUAUGCACUUCUGAAAGCUUCUUGUUUAUCAAGCUCUUCCAAUCCGGAGUCAUUUUGCCCAUAUGAUAUUGCAUUUCGUGAGAUCUGUUAUCUGAAAGCAAUGGCCAAAAAGAAAAACUCAAAACAAGGCGUGUUAGACUGCAUGAGUUUCCGACCCCCUUCCUCAAUUGUAACUACUGCUUAUCUAACCAAUGUGGUCAAAAAGGGCACUAUUUUGGGCCGCUCUAAGAACCUUGACCAGAAUUUAGCACCUAUCUGA